AUGUCGCUUUUUGGUAAAAAGACGUGGCGUCUGCAGGACGUCAUGCGCACCGAUGAAACGCAGGAACUUGUGAGCAUUCUGAAGAUUACCCAUCCGUUCCGUAAGCAGCGCAUUGUCGUCGUGCCCGCCCCCCGCUAUGCAAAGGAGUCGUACUACCACGACUGGGUUUAUCAGCCCUACGCUAAGGAGCACCGCUUGUUUGUGAGCAACGACAUAUUUAAUCCCACUUCAGUCUACCUCGCCCGUGUUCUCAUCCGUCGCGGUUUCUUCCCCGGCUACGCGUACUUUCACCCCAUGGGAUUUCCGGACUGCAUCGACCUCAACCUUACCCGGCGUAAGUUUAUCGUACGGGAGCAGCCAUUGAAGACGCCCAUGCCGCUGAUCCUGCUCACACCAAACCUCUUUCGCGCGAAGCGUCAUCCGUGGGUCGCCCGCAAGGUAAUCAAGAUUGUGGGCGAGCAGUACGUCACCCACCCUCGUGAGGAGCAUCAGUCCAUGUUGUUUGUGCUCCCACCGGAGUACGUUCCAGAUGCGGUCAACACGCUGCAGAAUCUUGGGUUUCAGGUAACCGACCACACCACUGCCGUCGCAGGCGAGGCGGCUGUGCUCAGUAAGUUGAAUCGCUGGAGUGAUAUUGCGCAGCUGGUGGUUUUGGGCUACGUGUGGUUCAUGAUUGCCCUCCUUUUCGUGAAUGAGUCACGACGGAUGCAAACGAUGUUUCACGAGUACAAGCGGGAGAUGGUGGUGAAGGCAGGAAAGGACCCUGAAGAAAUGGGUCUGUAG